AUGGCCGAGUUAUGGGGUAUUUUUAUGGAUUUAAAUAUGGUUGUUGAUCUUGGCUUCCAUAGUCUUGAGGUAGAAACUGAUUAUAAACAAGCAGUUGAUUGUAUCCAGAAAGGAAGCUAUAAGAAUAUGGUGGUGGGGAACUUAGUGUCGAGUAUCAUUAAGUUGAUGAAACUUUUUGAUAAUGUGGAGAUCCAUCACAUUUACAGAGAGGCUAAUAAUUGUGCAAACAUUCUUGCUAUGGAAGGUAAGAAAUUGAAUGGAGAUAUCAAGUUCUUCUCUGAGGUGCCUGCUUGGAUGCUUAACUCCUUGAAGAAGGAUCAAAGUUCAGUUUGUGUUGCUAGAAUUAUUCCUUUGUAG